AUGUCCUCGCCUGGCAGCAGAACGUUGCGCCAUUCUACCGAUUGCUAUUAUGCAACCUUCAUCCGACAGACUCGGCCGCAAACGCGAACGAGAUUGCGAGACGUCGAGCAACAGCGUCGAAUUUUCCACGACUACUUCGUCACCCAUCUCCCUUCUUCCUCUCUUCAUCCCGACUCCCGCUCCCUGACCGGUCUUGCCCACAAGUUCCCACGGCAAGCUUCCACCCCGCAUACCCCCGACGGCAAAUCUGCUCCAGCUACCCAUCCCUCGAUUUCUCGAGACACCACUGUGGUGCGCAUUCCCCUUAAGAGCGCGAAACAUCAUUAUGGCGCAUCUGUGUCGAGAGGUAGCAGGCCCUACAAUGAAGAUUCUCACCAAGCAGGUGUCAUCGAGCUUCCUGCAUUUGCCAAAAAGGCGCCGCUGUCCCUGACCUUGAGCAAAACCCCCGGAGAGGGCACUUCUGCAGAGGGCGCGUCGGGAGAUCCUCAGGUCUUCUAUUUUGGCGUCUUUGACGGACAUGGAGGAGCAGAGUGCAGCGACUUUCUCCGCGAGUCGCUUCAUGAUUACAUCGAGAAAUCGGCCAAGUCGUUCGAGCUGAGAUCGAGCUUGAAGAAGCACGAUAAAGAGGAAUGCGGAGAUGCGCCAAUAGUUGGGGGACUUGACGGAGACGAAACCCAACAAAAAGAAGGCAGACAGGCACUGGACAAUCUCGAGGUUAGCCAGGACGACUCCAAGCCGCAGAAGAACGUCGAGCUGGAGGGUGGGAAGAACAAGCCAUACCCCGGCGAUCCUCCUCUGAUCCAAAGCGCCAACAAAAGGAACAUUCGACAGUUGGAGAAGGAGCUCACAAGAAAUUGGAAAGAACUUGUGGGUGGCUACUUUCGCCGUUUUAAGCCUUCCUACUUUUCGAUCUACAGCGGGUAUCAAAAGUUGGGUGAGGAGUCGGAUCCCAUGAGACAAGCGGGUGAAGACAUCAAAUGUGGUGUCGGCAUUGAGGAGGUCAUGACUUACGCCUUUCUCAAAGCAGACUACGAUUUUGUGGCUGCUCAAGCAGCGAAGAACUCUGAAAGUGCGGAUAACACAAGAGCUGAAAGACCACUGAACGAAGGGGACAUUCUCGGCGAACCUAGUAGGGUUGCGGCACACAUUGGCGGACGCAACAGAUUCAGAGGUGGAAGCACUUGCAGUGUGGCCAUGGUCUCGACGCCGUCGCCCACGCCGUUUUGGAAUCCUGCGACCACAUCUACAAUGCUCGUGGCUCAUGUCGGGGACACAAGGAUUCUCCUCUGCUCUACAGUGACAGGGCAAGCGAUUCCAUUGACCACGAACCAUCAUCCUUCUUCACCAGUCGAGAGCAACAGACUUAGAAGGUAUGCAGCGUCCUUUGUGACUGACUCGUUUGGCGAAGAACGGAUCUCAGGUCUGGCCAACACUCGGGCAUUUGGGGACAUCGCUUCGAAAAGAAUCGGCGUCAGUGCAGAACCCGAGAUCAAGAGGGUGGAGCUGGGGCCGGCCGAGUAUUCGUUCAUGGUCUUGAUGUCGGACGGUGUGUCAGGCACGCUGGAAGACCAAGAAGUGGUGGACAUUGUCAAAGAAGCCAAAACGCCCGAGCAGGCGGCGCGAGACGUGGUCAAUUUCGCAACAGAGGUAUCUACCGAGGGCGACAAUGCCACUUGCUUGGUGGUGAGGAUGGGAGGAUGGGAGCGACGACAAGAAGGCGGCAACGGAAGCCUGGCCACCAAAGAGGUGCGAGAUUUCAAGCGACAGCAGGCAUCUAAUCCGAGAAGUCGACAGCAAUAG